GGGGGCGGGGGAGUGAUGGUUGCAAGAUGGCGGCGCUGAAGGAGGCUAGGAGUUACGGGUUGUCGUGUGGGCGCGUGAGCGACGGCAGCAGGGUGUCGGUGUUCCACGUGAAGCUCACCGACAGUGCUUUGAAGGCUUUUGAGAGCUACCGGGCCCACCAGGAUUCUGUGUCACUGAGACCUUCCAUCCGAUUUGAAGGAAGCCAAGGACACAUCUCUAUACCCCAGCCUGACUGCCCAGAGGAGGUGCGGGCCUUCUCCUUCUACCUCUCCAAUAUUGGCCGCGACAGCCCUCAGGGCAGCUUUGAUUGCAUCCAACAAUAUGUAUCCAGCCAUGGGGAUGUACACCUGGACUGCCUGGGCAGCAUCCAGGACAAGGUCACAGUGUGUGCGACUGAUGACUCCUACCAGAAAGCACGACAGAGCAUGGCACAGGCAGAGGAGGAGACUCGGAGCCGAAGUGCCAUCGUCAUUAAGGCUGGAGGCCGAUACAUGGGGAAAAAGGUUCAGUUUCGGAAGCCAGCGCCGGGGGCAGCUGAUGCAGUACCCUCCCGGAAGCGUGCUACCCCCAUUAACCUGGCAAGUGCCAUCAGAAAGAGCAGUGGGAGUGGAGCCAGCAGUGUGGUACAGAGGCCCUUCCGAGAUCGGGUGCUACACCUCCUGGCCCUGAGGCCUUACAGGAAGGCUGAGCUGCUGCUGCGGUUGCAGAAGGAUGGGCUGACACAGGCAGACAAGGACACCCUGGACAGCCUGCUGCAGCAGGUGGCCAGUGUGAACCCCAAGGAUGGCACGUGCACGCUGCAGGACUGCAUGUACAAAAGCCUGCAGAAGGACUGGCCCGGCUACUCUGAGGGGGACCGGCAGCUGCUGAAGCGCAUGCUCACGCGGAAGCUGUGUCAGCCACAGAAUGCCACUACAGACUCCAGCCCACCUCGAGAGCACGGGCGCUCUGCCUCACCCUCUCAGAAACGGCCUACAGACUUCAUUGACCCCCUGGCCAGCAAGAAGCCCCGAAUCUCACAUUUCACACAGCGAGCACAACCCACCCUCAAUGGCAAACUGGGUGCCCCCAAUGGCCAUGAGACACUGCUGCCUGCUCCAGGACCCACCCCAUCAGACAUCCUCAGCUCUAGCCAUCUGCCCCCACGGCUGGAGCCCCCACGGACCCACGACCCACUAGCUGAUGUCAGUAGUGACCUAGGUCACAGUACCCAGGACUACACGCACCAGGAGGCCACCCCAGCUCCAGCACCCCAUCUUGGUCUUCUCCUACUGACGGACUUUCCUCAGGCUGAGCAACCUACUAGCUCCUCACACACCCAUAGCCGACCCAAGAAGAAGUCCAAGAAGCACAAAGACAAGGAGCGGCCCCCUGAAGAAAGGCCCCCCGCCCCACAGCCUGAUGCACCUACUGCCCCUGCACUACCGCCAGAUGCCCCAGGUCUGAAUGGAGCCUGUGACAAUGAACCCACAUCCUCAUCAGAGACCCCGGACUAUUUGCUGAAAUACCCGGCCAUCUCAUCGUCAGAGCAGCGUCAGAGCUACAAGAAUGACUUCAAUGCUGAGUACAGCGAGUACCGGAGUCUGCACGCGCGGAUCGAGCAGAUCACCCGAAGGUUCACACAGCUCGACGCACAGCUCAAACAGCUGAGCCAGGGCUCUGACGAGUACGAGACAACCCGUGGGCAGAUUCUUCAGGAAUACAGGAAAAUCAAAAAGACCAACACCAACUACAGCUGCGAGAAGCGACGCUGCGAGUACCUUCACCGCAAGCUGGCGCACAUUAAGAGGCUCAUCGCAGAGUAUGACCAGCGGCAGCUUCAGGCCUGGCCCUAGCACAGACAGGCAGACCUGACGGCUCCGCCUGCCUUUCCUAGUUUUAUAUGAACUCGGCCCUUUAGCUGCCGCAGAGACAUCUAUUUUUGUACCUUUUCUACUCCGUGCCUCCUCCAAGGCCCACGCCUCCAAGUGUUAGAAGCCCCAGGGAGAGUGAGCAGCGAGUGCCAGACCCUGCUGCCUUCAGAUCCUCAGCGGACAAGGUUGCUGCAGUUUGCUGGCUGUGCCCAAAGCCCUUAGCAGCGGCCUCCGCAGCAUGUGCUCCUCAGUCCCCAACACACUGCCCUUCAUGUCACACUGUGGCUGUGUGGUUCUGUCUGUCCCUCCAUCCAUUUGUGGGUCCUGGGAUCACCUCCCUGCUGGGUCCCACUUGGGGGGUGCUGAGGGUGGUACCUUGCUUGCCUUCUCCAGGGCGCAGGCCUGAGGCCCCCCAAUUGCUGCUUUCUUACUGUGCCUCGUCUCAUACCCCAAAUCCAAAUCCAAGGGGCCAUCGGUGUGCAUGUGUCUGUGUGCGUGUACAUGUGGUAUGAGUGGGUCUCCACACAUUCAGAGGGAAGCCAUUGGGGAGGUGGUGGGGGCCACUGCUGUAGGGCAGGGAAAGAAUGUCUAUUUUUUUAAAUGGUGAAGAUGUCUUUGGGUGGCUUCCAAAGAGCCUGGCUGCCUGGAGGCACCUGCCUGGCACAGUCCCCCACCCCCAGUCAGCUCCUAGCUUUCUUUUGAGAUCCCUAGAGUCCCCAGACCCUAGAGGAACCAAACCUUCAUGUUUCAGUAGAUGUUGGUUUCUUCUCGGGGGCAGGGCCAAGCUCUGCAUGGUGCACUUCUCUGACAGCUACAACUGCGAAGGCUCAGGGUAGACCCCAGGUUACCCCUCUCCUGCCCUGAGAACUCCAUCCAGGGCUAUUGGUUGAACUGAUGGUAUGUUUGCGUUGUUUCGUUGUCUGAGAUUUUGUUGUCUGUCUGAGAUUUGGUAAAGGCAGGGCCACACUCUGGGGCUGCAGGUGGUGGCUGGCAGGUUAAGCAUGGUCUAACUUAUUGGUAUUCUCCCCACCUUUGAACUGUGCUGUGGAGAAAGUCUACUUUGAGCCAUGGAGUUGGUGUUUACAAAGUCUUCACUUUUGCCAAAACGUUACAAUUGACAGAGAGGCGGUGCCUCCAGGUCCUUUCUUAGAGUUUGUCUUCUGUACACAAAGCAGGUGAACCGCCAACUUUCAAAGUCUAUAAUAAAUUUGAUGGAAUUUAA